AUGAUAAGCCAACGGCGAAAGUUCUUUGAAGACUUAAUCGAGAAGGAGAAGAUCGCCAAGGCUCAGUCUCUGGCCAGGAUCAGGCCAAGACGCAAGGUUGUAAUACCCAAAUAUGUAAAGCCUUCCAAUCUACCGGUCGAAUUGCCAGACAAAGCUUUGUCCAGGAUCUUCAACUAUUUGGACUACAAAGACCAGUGUCGAGUAGAGAGGGUAUCGAAGAAAUGGCAACGGCUGGUUCUGCACAAGCAGUGCAGAGAAAUCAAAGAAUUGGUGGUGGAAUCGGUAAGGUUACCCUGCCAUAAACUUUAGGAAAGAUUUGGUUUUGCCUACAACCAAUUGCUUAAAAUUGGACUUGCUUUAUUACUGUAGCAAAUAUUACUUAAUGAAGUGUCAAUUCCAGACCGGUUCAUCACUACAAGCCCUACAACAAACAGCUUUUUACAGAUUAUCAGUAAGUGCAUCUCGAGAAUGUGUCGAAGCAUUAUCUGGAAUAGUACGGCGAUGUCCUCAGUUGGAACGGUUGACUUGUGAUAUUUCAUUGUUGUGCACAACAUCAAAGGUAAAAUUAAUAUAAACAUGCGGGUUCUAAUCUAUAGGGGAGGGGUAUUGUAAUAGCACUAAUGUGAGGAUAGUGAAAGUGUUAAGAGUUUAUCAUCAAUUUCAUAAGAUUUUUGAUAAAAACAGAAGGAGAGAAGGAAUAUGUUUUAAAAAUGAACUAAAAGUUUAGAUCGAAAUAGUGCACCAAAAGUACUUCAAUACUGUAGAGUCGCUGUGGCUAGUUGUAGCAAAAUGUCACAAAAAUAUGCUGGCAAAGAUCGAAAGAGUGGAGAAAGUUCUGUUUACGGUAAGUUUUUCUUAACAACAGAAGACACACCUAACUACUACUGUUUAGAGCUUACAAACUCUGACAUUGCAAGUACAUGUCAGUGAAGAUACGAUGGAUAUGAUUGCUCAACUUGUAUCCAUCUUUACUGCUAGAAGGCCGAAUCUUAUUUUGAAUCUUGAAAUACACGCAUCUUCUGGGUCCAAGGUAAGUAAUGAUUACAAUAUAUAUUAAAAUUAUGAUUCUUAAUCAAACUAUAUUGUUGUAGAUUGCUCAACAAAUAAACUGCUUACAAGAUAUUAAAGUAAACAAGCUGAAAUUGGUGUGUUCGGCUUUGAACUGUGCUCUAUUGUCUGUUCCGUUGAUAUCAGAAUCUCUCCAUAACAGUAAAGUGUCAUUUAGGAACGUCUCGUUCAGGUAAGCAGUACUAAGUUUAUUCAUAGUGACAAACGCCAACAACAAUAUAAUAUUACUUCAAAUUUAAAAAAAUCUAUUUCAAUUCCCAGUAUCUUAUUAAAGAGAGUGGUACAUCACAUUUGACGAUAAAACCCCAAUCAGCCAGAAACCGUUACGUAAGCUGAGUUUCAAUUCAUGCACUGUUUACCGGUCGGACGAGCUGGUGGAAGCCAUUUACAUUACCUGGAGCCAGAAAAACAAAAAACGAAAGAAAGAAGGGGAUACAGUAACCCCAGAUUCCCAAAAGAUGGUGGUCACAAAGAGAAAGUGUCAGAAUCCUGAUAAGAAAGCAAGUAAAACAAGGUCGAAGCUGGAGUACCUGAAGAAGCUGGAGAUGACAGGGUCUUGUACUGUCGUCGAUCUCAACCACAUGAACAAGAAAGCUCACAUUGAGCUGAGCAACCGCAUCUCGGCCAAGUGUCCCACCUUGACCAUUGAUACAUCAGAUAUCUACUACUAA